CGCACGGUCUGGUGCGUGCACUCUGCUGACGAGCCGUUGCUUGUGGAAACAGCUGGUGGUUUCUGUCAGCGAACUCCGCUCGGGAUUGAAAGCGACAUUAGCGAGAAUAAAAGUUAAAAUUAGACUUGAAACUGAAUGAAUGCGGUCCGGACUGAGUCUGCGCACCUGUUCCGAGUGAAACCGGGAGUUGUCAUCCUGUGAGACCCACCUUAAAUCCGGCAGUUGGAGUCAAUUAACCACCUAGCUUGUUAGCGGCAGACCACCGACGCUGUUUGCCAAACUGCUGCUGCUAACCUCGGCUAGCCCCCACCCCCUCACCUCUGUAACAGUUAGUUACAAGCGGGGGUUCUGUCAAAGGAGAAAAGCUACCAGCUGUUGAGUUUCCUAGCGUUCCAGAACCAGGCUUUUAGCUUGUUUCCAGUAUGGCUCAUAUUCAUUAUAAGUUUUCCUCCAAACUCAGCUACGACACGGUGGUUUUUGAUGGGCCGAACAUCUCGCUGACUGACUUGAAGAAGCAGAUUAUGGGCAGGGAGAAGCUCAGAGCCGGGGACUGCGACCUGCAGAUCAUAAACGCACAAACCAAAGAAGAGUUCACUGAAGAUGGUGGUCACAUCCCCAAAGGCUCCUCUGUCAUAGUCAGGAGAAUUCCCCUCAUUGGAGUAAAGUCCAGCUCAAAUAGCAAGACCAACCACAAAGAAAGAUCAGACGUCCAGAUUCCCAAAGCCUUUGGAUCCCAUAGAGCAAUCAGUGAGUCCAGCUCUACCAGAGCUUUGUCAUUUUUCUCCAAGAUGCAGUUGGCUAACUUGGCUGAAGCGGAUGUCUCAGAAGAGGAUAAGAUCAGAGUUAUGAUGAAUCAGUCCAGCUGUGAAAUGAUGAAGAUGAACUCAAAGCUUGGCCCUACCCUUCCAGAAAACUACGCCUGUUAUCGGUGUGGGAACAGUGGACACCAUAUCAGGAACUGCCCAGGGAGUGGGGAUAAAAAUUUUGAGGCUCCUCCGAGGAUAAAGAAGAGCACAGGAAUCCCUCGAUCCUUCAUGGUUGAGGUGGACGAUCCUAAUAUUAAGGGAGUCAUGCUGACCAGUUGUGGACGUUACGCAAUUCCUGCCAUAGAUGCUGAAGCGUAUGCUGUUGGUAAGAAGGAGAAGCCUCCUUUUAUUCCACAGGAGCAACCUAAGUGUGAAGAAAAGGAAGAACCCAUACCUGAUGAACUCCUCUGUUUAAUUUGUCAUGACUUGCUGAGUGACGCUGUGGUCAUACCCUGCUGUGGAAAUAGCUACUGUGACGAUUGUAUUCGAACUGCCUUGCUUGAGUCGGAGACCCAUGUUUGCCCUACAUGUGGCCAAUCAGACGUCUCCCCUGAUACCUUGAUUGCCAAUAAAUUUCUUAGACAGGCUGUGAAUAACUUUAAAAAAGAACGAGGCUCGGGCAAAAUCCAGAGAACGUCUUUGUCUCAGAACACUACCCCAAAGCCGAGCCCCGUCCCCACUCUGACCGCUUCCACCCUUCAGAACAAGACCAAGAAACCUCUCCAGUCACCCUGCACUGAGCAGGAGUCGAUGGUGAACAAGCCUAAACCAGAAAAAUCCCCGCUCUUGUCACAAAGCGCCGAAGGCCGCCCAGCAACUCCAGAACCUUCAGCUGUUGAGAACCCCUCUGAGAGCACGUCCACCCAGCCUGAGCAAAGCCUUGGAGUGACAUCCAACAAUGAGGAACCAGAAAAGACGCCGGAUGAUUUAGAAGCUGUUGCUCUAUCUGGCCCGGCUUCUAAUAAAGAUUUGCCUGAUGCUCCCUCCCAGCUGAUCCCAUUAGUAAACUCUGUGGAGGGAACAGAACAGCUUCAGACUAUAUGUGUCAAACAAAGCCAACCGUCUUCUGAUUCAACCACAAGACCCCCUGGGUCAUCAACCUCCAGGGACAGCAUCAUGUCCACUUAUCCUGCUGGAAGCCUGACUGAAUCGAACUCAGAGCAGCACAGAACUCGCUCCUCUUCAUCGUCAUACUCUUCACUGCAGACCACACCUUCGCCUCUGUUUCGCUCGCCGCCCUUUCACACAUUUGUUCCAACCCACCAGCCUCUCAGCAGCUACCUCCCUGGAUACCCGCCGACCACACCCGCCUGGAAGCUUCCAAUCCCACCUGGAGCCCCGCUCCCAUCCCUCUGCUCCUCCACCACAUCAUCUAUCCCCGUUCUAAUCCCCAAGGAGUGGUACAGGUUUCAGAGGAAGAAAAAAGAGAGGUCGCCUCACAAACGGUCCUUUUCUCACUCUGUUUCAAAGUCCUCCAAAUCCAAAUCGUCCCGCUCCUACUCUGGAUCAUCCAGUCGCUCUGAAUCCCGCUCCCGCUCCAGAUCAAGGCAUCGCUCUCCCCACUCAAGUCACAGAGCCUUCCACAGCCACUCCAACCCCUCCAGGUCUUUUGGCUACAAACGGCCUCGUUCGCCCACACCGUCCUCGUCUUCUUCACCUCUGAGUAGUUCCCAUUCUAGAUCCAAGUCGUCCUCGGACCACAGCCAGAAGAACCGCCACCACAGCAAGCGUUCGGGUUUGAGCACCCACGGCUCAAAGAGGCGCGGGGAGCGCCCGGCCAGGGAAGCAAGAAAGUCUUCAGGCCUUAAGGGUUUGAGUGACACGAGUUGCCUGGAGCUGGAGAGGCAGUGCUACCUUCAGUGGAAGAAGGAGUACCAAGAAUGGUAUGAUAAAUACUUCAGUAACUAUAUCAGCCAGUUUCACCAUCUGCCUUUUCCGCCCCCGCCUCCACCGCCACCACUGUUUAGUCAGGACUCUUUCUACCUAAAGCAAGAGGGAGAGUCGGUGAGGAAGGGCGACGGCUCACCUACAUCUGAGGACUCUAAUUACAGUGGCUCUCCUCCUUCUAAUUCCUCAAAUGACCGUCACUCCCCGAUAUGUCACCUCUCAAGUGACAGCUGUUCAUCCCCUAAAGUCAACGACGACCAUUUUUCACCCUCUCGUUGUUCCAAUGACAGACCCUCCACGCCAUCAGAAGUCCAGGUUCAGCUGACGGACAACAUGAAGGAGAGCCUGGAGAGGGAUAGCAGUCUACCAGACUCUCUAACAAAGAGCAGAGAGGAAGCAAGUCGACAAAAAGCAAAAACAGAUGACAAUCCACAAACUAAGACAAAGGUCGAAGACUGCAGCACCCGGAGAAAUGAGGAGAAGAAGAAAAAACCAAAGAAGUCGCCAUCUUCUGACUCUUCUGGCUCCACAAAUGUUCUCAGGCAAGACAAGAGGAGGCGCAAAACUGAACCAAACAGCUGCGAGGAUGACUCACUGCUACGGCACAAAGGGACUACCGGCGACUCCUUAAAAUCAAUCCAGCCUCUUCUAAAACCAAAUCAACCUCUACACAAAGAAAAGAAGGAAAAACCCAAAGACAAAACUAAAUUAGAAACACAGCAAGAGCCUAGAAAGGACAAAGGUUCAAACUCUUGUCAAAACAGAGAGAGAAAAUGCAAAACAAAACCCAGCACAGAUUCAAAUAUGUCAGAAGUGCACCAGCACCCCGAAGGCAGCAAGACUUCCGACUCAAAAUCAGAGCAGGACAAAAAGAGACAGAAACAGGAUGAGGAGAGAAAUAAAAAACACAAGGAUCUUCCUACUAAGACUAAAAGUAGCAAAUGCCUCCAACCUAAAGUUGCAGAAGGACCCAAAAGCCUUGAAAGUGAAUCCCUGAAGUCGUCUGAGAGACGAGUGCAAAGUACUGAGGAGAAGAGGAAAGAGAGAGAAGCAUCACCUCUGGCUAAAAAAGACAUCUGGGAAGGAGGGGGAAAGGUAAUGUCUCAGAAGAAGAUAAGUAUCAAUAUAAACUUGGAUGGGAAAAGCAAGGAGGAGAAGACCAAACAGAACUCUUCUGGUUUGGAGAUCUGUACUGGCGAGAGGACAGAGCUGUCAGGAGUUACAGAGGAGAAGGCUACGGAAGAAGGUACAAAAACUGAAUCAAAAGAAAAGAGAGAAUCAAGCCCUGGAGUUAAGUCACAGGAGAAAAUAUUAAGUCUAUUAAAAGAUAUUAGAGAGACAGGAAAUAAAGCCACCUCUAGUGUUAACAAGAAGGAUGUGUCUAUGAAAAUCCCUAAACGGGACGAAAAGGACGGGGGGGAGAAGAAGAGAGAGGAUGACUUUGAUUUAUGGCACUGUGCACUUGAAGGAGUGGAGGACAGGGAGCAAAGAACAGGAAAAGAAGACAGAAAGGCAGAGAGGGAAAAAGAUGGCUGUGGAGGUCACAAGAAUACCCUACCUCAGCUAGAGAAAGGUGGUGCAGGCAGAGGAAACCGAGUCGAAGCGCAGAAAGAAGACAACGCCGUGAGAUCAAGCUCACAGAGAAGCAAAACAAAAAUCCACCGACAGAAUGAGACUUUAAAGCACAGCAGCAAAGCCUCUUUAAAGAGCAGCCGUGGUGCUGAAGGCAGCCUGGAGGCGACGAUGGCGGGGGGAAAACUUCUGGAAGAGAAACCAAACGACCAAGCUGAAGUCACACAGAAUGAACCCACACAGCCGAAUCUACUGGUACCUCACUCCAAGCGGGAGAAAACUGAAAAAGAUGUGACAAAGGGAGAAGUUAAGGCCACUCUGCCUCAGGCGUCAGAGACGACAACCGACGUCGAGUCAGUGGAAGACAAUGAACAGAAGAGUCUCAGAUCAACGGAGAGAGCGAGAGACAGGAACAGGGUGACCGUGGGAGGCAGAGACCAGGAGAAGGAGAGAAACUCUGCCUCUUCUGGGUCACACUCUAGUGUGGCUCCCUCUUGUGGCAGUGAGAGAGAGAGGGACAGAGAGAGACCUAAUGAAAGACAAAGAGAGGGUGAGAGGUCAAAACCAGGAGUGAGGGAAGAGGAAAGGAGAAGAGAUUGGGAUGCCCCGGUGUCAAAGAGAACCGCGUUCAACUCUGUUUCAAAAGAUACGGAGUGGAGAGACCUGCUGAGAGAGGGUGACCGGAGGUCUUCCUGUUAUAGCAGAAAGUCUCCCAGAUCCACCUACCUGCCUGAUCAAAAUGUAGCUAAAAGACACAGAGAUGUAUCCUUGGAUAUUAAUAGUCAAAACAAAGACCGUUUCUACGACUACAGUUAUCCCCGUCAAUCUGCGGACUACGGCUAUAAAGACAGACCUCCUGGGUCUCAACACUCGCCACCUGCUUACAGCCACUGUAGGGACAGAGGCACACAGCCACCUGCAGGCUCUCAAAGAGGCUUUACCACCUGGGAAUUCAUGCAAAGCAAAAACAGAAAUGAGGAAAGGAUGCAGAAAGCAGAGAAACCGGGAAAGGAGAGGAAAGCUGCUGGAAAUGAGGAAGGAGGGUGGAGUCGGAGGGAGGAAAACGCCCAGAGACUGGACGAGCGACGCAGAUCCAGCAGCAGUAGCAGCAGCAGCGUCUAUUCCUCAGCAAGCCGCAGGAGCAGCAGGGACGAAUAGGAAGAAGUCUGAGAGAAAACCACAGGCUGCAGAGAAAAAGUUCAAACUCGACGUCGACAAGACGAGAGGAGGAGAGUUCCCCCUCUGUUACCUUUUCUUUACUCUUAGAAAAGAAAAAAACAACUUGAAUGAUGUUUUGCUUUCCUGACCAAAGAGGUGCCUGGAUUUAUUCCAAUGAUUGUUGUUUUUUUUUUUAUUAUUAUCAUUAUUAUUAUUAUUAUAUAACCAGGGUACUUUCCACAUCACGUUAAGAUCUGUCAAAUCUGACGUGCAUCAAGCCAAACGCUCGCAGACAGAUAGUGAAUGAAAAGCACUUUAAAUAUGAUGCGAAAGAAAAUGUGUGCGGAAUCAAAUGUCAACAAUGUUUGCGAGCGAUCUUAAGUUACUUGAAUUCGCACUUGCUUGGCACACUGAUGACCACCAGCAGCUACGCCGCUGCAGUGUGACACCUGAAAUGGGGAUCUUCCUCUCCGACAGGAAAUGAGUCAGGAAUUUAAUUUGCCUCACAUGGGGGUUGUCGCUAGAGGAUUCUUAAAAAGAAACUGUGAUUGAUUCAGAACUGAUACUGUGAAUAUUUAUGAUUUCCACCCUCUGCGCUGUUUUUUUUUUUGUUUUGUUUUGUUUCUUUUUAAUUUUGUAAAUGUUAUAAAUUGCUGCUGAAUUAAUUAUUUAAAAGAAAAAAAGUCUCAAAUUUCCUGUUUGGAGGAAAUAAAAAAGGAACCAUAUUU